AUGGCUUCUGUAAAUCUGGAAGAAAAAGCAAAUUUUACUAGACUUAGCAGACUUUUGGUGGACAAAGGAACUGAAGCUUUGAGAAAUACUUUGAAUGCGUUCCAUCCUUCUGCUAAUCUACCUGCUGUUCUUAAUGCGAAAAAAACGUCGCUUCUAAGAUGGAAGCAUCGAGUUAUCAAUGAUAUACAGUGGGAUUUACUGUUCCCGCCAUCCGGCAACCCACCAGACUCGAAAACCUUUGAUAUUACGUUACUUACCAUUCUAUUACGGAACAUUUGUGGCGUUACCCCUCCAGCCACAGGCUGGAAAAUGAUGCCUCCGGACAUAGAUAGAUCUCUACAAGCGAAUAUCUUGAGAAUUAAAUAUUUCAGAAAUGAAGUUUUUGCCCAUGUCGCUUCAGCUCAAGUAGAUAAAACAGCAUUUGAGAAUUUAUGGCAGAAAAUUUCGCAGGCAUUGAUCGAUUUGAACAUUCAACAAAAAGACAUCGAUGAUUUGAAAAUUUGUCCUUUAAGUGGCGAAGAAGAAAUCUAUGUGCAGAGUCUUAAAGAGUGGUUCUUAAAAGAAACAGAUUCUAAGGAUAUGCUAAUUGAUAUCCAACAAUCAAAUUUACAGCUACAAAAUAUGAUGCAACAUUUGAUGCAAAUUACGGAGGGAAGUAGCAGUUUGAAGCGAAGUGAAAACGAGGACGUUCGAUUACAACAACUUGCAAAGCAUAAUUUCAAAAGUAAAAUAAGAAGCGAACUCGAAUUUUUUCAUCCUGGCACAAGAAACUGGUUAUUAGAGAUGGUUGAAAAUUGGUUUACAAAAGAAGACGAAUCGAGAUUGUUGCUUAUAACUGCCAGGCCUGGGUCUGGCAAGAGUGUGUUUGCUGCAAAAGCUUGCGACCUCUUCAGAGGAAAAGGGAAGUUUGCUGCUUGCCAUUUUUGUGAUUUUAGCGAUUCAAAUUUAAAAGACCCAAAAAUGAUGCUCCAGUCUCUCGCAAGUCACAUGUGUGAAAAUGUCCCUGGCUUUAAAGAAAAGCUUCUUGAUCAGCUAAACCGACCUCAUAAGGUCAACAGCUUAAAGGAUGCCUUUCAAAUAUAUUUGCAGAAUCCGCUUGAUGAGUUGGAAGUAGAACCCAGAUUAAUUGUGAUCGAUGGCUUGGAUGAGAGUGCAACCAAUGAUAAAAGCGCCAUGGUGAAAUUGAUUGCAGAUUAUUUUCCAGAUCUUCCGAAGUGUGUGAAAGUCCUAUUAACCAGCAGACCGCAGCUUUCCUUACAAACACUUCAGCGUAUUCAAAUCAUAGAUGUUGAUGCAAAAAUUGAGGAGAAUAGAUCAGACCUUCUAGAAUAUCUGAAAGUUUACCUUCCAAAUCUUGCAGCCAGAGAUGCAUUGAAUGUGUCAACACAAGCCCACCAUUUUCUCCGUGCGAUUGUUCAGAUGUGCGAGGGUUCGUUUCUGUAUGCGUUUCACGUUCAGCAUGAGCUAUGUAAACGUGACGAUCUCGACACGAUACAUUUUCGCGAGAUUAUAUUUUUCCUUCCUAAAGAAAUGGGUUGUGUGUACAAAGAAUAUUUCCGUCGCCUUGAGAUGGGGCUUGAAGAAGUAAUGAAGAAAAAGCCCGAUCUGUUUAAGCUAUUUGAACUACUUGUAGCUACCAACAAAUCACUUCCCCUGAAGUUCGUAGCCCGGGCUUUUGGUUUAGAUCUUGAUUGUCGUGAAACCAAGAGAAUUAUUAACAAAGUCAACGAAGCGUUAUCUUGCGUGUUGUAUGUUUCGAAUGACAUGGUGACCGUUUUCCAUAAAUCCGUAUAUGAUUGGCUUUUAGCAAAUGGCGAUGACGAUCACGAGUAUACUGUGAAAGUCAGUGAUGGUAAAAGACGGCUGUGGCUCCUAUGCGAACAGAUUUUUGAAGAAAUAAAAAGCAUUGUUACCUCAGGGCUCCUCUUGAAGCUAACGAACGAAGUGAAGCAUGCUCUGGAAUACGGACAUAUGUAUCUACUCGCGUGCAAUAUGAAGGAGAGUUUCCACUGGCUCGUGGAUAUGAUAAUCGUAUAUGUCAUUUUAACCUACCAUCCCCAAAGGGGUGAUUAUUUAUAUUUCUUGUGGGGGGAUGUUCUUCGUAGUCGUGAAGCUAUAAGCCUUCGGUUACGACAACGAAUUUCAUGGCACUUUUAUGAAAUUUACAGCAUGCACUUCGAGCUGAUGGACCCAUCUUUUGUUUAUUUACAACUUGUCCUUGAACAUUCCCCGAAAGGCCAUUUCACUGAUGACGAGAGAAAAAUUGCGGAAGUAAUUUUAGGGACAUUUUCUCAGCACGUGAAGCGUCAUUCGGUUGAGAGGAAAUCUUUGAAGUUGCACCUAGCCAAGCUUUUUUCAUCUCCCAUUACAGCUAUUGGUGUGUCUUCGAAUAAGAAGUUAGCAGCAGUUGCAUUGAAAGGUGGAACAAUCUGUGUUCUAAGCUUACCAGAACUGAUUGAAUUAUUCCAGUUUCCAACCGGGUACGAAAGCAUAUCUUGUUGCAUUUUUUCUCCAGAAGAUUGCUUUGUUUUGUAUGGAAAGCUAGGAACGGCACUUAGCAUUGCUGGCAAAAAGGAAGUAUCGUAUUUUAAUGGUAAAGUGGAAAAGUUCAAAUCUUGUUCGUUUUCUCCACAUGGUAAGAGAUUGGUAACCAACAAUGGUUCAAAUACUGUAACGUUAUGGGACGUUGGUAGACAAAGUUUGGUGUCGGUUCUUUGUGCAGACGUUCCGCUAAAUCGCUGUUCUUUCAGCAAAACAGGACUUUUUAUCAUUGGAGAUACAGAAGAUUCGUACUGUGUGUGGAGUGCCAUUACAUUUCAGAGAGUCGAUCUAAGAAGCUUAUCCAGUAAAAAUGUGAGAGAGAAAGAUGGCUUUCGAAGAAGUGAAAUAUGUAGUCGUUGUAUUGGUCAGAGUCAUAAAGAAUUAAUUCGUUGGGAAAGGUUAGGUAACUCAACUGGAAUGUACAAUGAUGUUGACUGUAUUCUUCAUUUAGAUGAACAGUAUUUGCAUGUCAUUGAAAGCAUCCAUUUAACUACUCUCGCUUCAUGGGGGCUUUUUCUACAAUAUGAUAGAAUCUGUAUUGAUAUCACAGCGAUUGAAGAUGACCUAUGGUUGUAUACCGACAAGGAUAAGUUGAUUGUUUUUAUUUCAGAGCCACCGCAGGAGAAUCAGUCGUGUUUGUCAAGUCUGACCCGUGUUCUUUGGUGUGCCUUUUCCCCUGAUGGCAGCCAACUUGCCACCUGUGCAUCAGACGGAUUUAUCAACUUAUGGAACGUUGAUACCUCCCAAGUUUAUCAACGUUUUAGAAGCAACAUUGGAACAUCGUCAGCUGCUUGUUGGUGGUCGGAGAAAUACCUGUUUGUUUGCCAUUUUAAUGAAGAUAUUCCUAGCUUGUCAUUAUAUCCAGUUGAUGAAAACGGUAUGAUCAUAAUCCAUAAGAUGCUAUCAAUGCCACUAUGUCCAGUUGUAAAAGAGUUUUUGCCGUUUUCUGGAAUUUUAGAUUUUUCUGAAGGUUACAUAAGCUUCGAGCGCAGUAAAACGGAACCUGUAAAAGUUGUCGAUGUUAUCGAAAUGGGGUUCCCAAAAAUUGUCAACUUGCCUGGAAUCAGUCCGAUGAUGAGUAUUGCAGUUUCGAAUAGCGCUUCCUUUGUCUUAGGUGCCGAUUACACAUGCUUUUGUCUCUGGAAAAGAAAUGAAGCUGAUCCAGCUGUGUAUAGUGUCUAUAUUGCUUUCCAGAAUCCAACUUUAUGUUAUUUUAGUAAUUGGUGUUUCACUGAUGAUUCGAAAUUUGCUGUUUCCUUUUUGCCCGCACCCCAACGUUUUGUUUUUAUUGACGUGGAUAGUGGAGUUUGCAAAGACCACGUGAUUGACGGCCGUUUCAUACCAUAUUAUCAUUGUGUGCCUGCAAAACUGUUUUGUACCAACACAGAUUUAGUUCUUGUAACUUCGAAGUUGAUAGAAAUGUUUGACUUGAAGAGUCUCAAAUCUCUUGGAUCGUCUUUUCAACGACAUUUUCCCGCUCAGUCAGUCAUUCACUCAAAACUGUCUCCAAAAGGAACUAUCCUUGCGAUACCUACGCUAACUGGUGAUAUGGAUUUCUUUCGUGUACGCCAUUCCAAAUACUCUUAAGUAAUAAGUGACUUGAAAACAAACGAAAGCGGGCUGAUUCAAAAUCCUUUCCUGGCUGUACAGAUGAGAUAUGUGUUUUCAUCCAUAAGCAAUUUAGUAUAGUGCUAAUAGUUGGAUUAUGGUUAUAAGUUGGAUUAUGGUUACCCGCUUUCGGGAAGCGGUUAGACUUCGCUUGGAGCCAGUCUAAAAUGGAGAAGUAAGACGCCUCCUUCCCUCCGCUAGUCUGGGAGUUCACCUUGGGCAAGUGAUAGCACUCCCUAGCCCCCCAUACCAGGGUUACCAGUUUCUAAGUGUGUUUGCAAUUAUGAAGUGCAGUCAAAAG